AUGAAUUUUGCAUCAUCGUUGUGCAGAAGAUUGAAUAUCAAGGAACUCGUGACAAAUGUUCCUGUGUACAGAAGCACUGCCGAUGUUUCUGGAGAGGGGUUGAGUUUAAUGUUCUGCCGUUGGGCUACCAAAAAGACAGCUGGGUCCACAAAAAACGGUCGCGAUUCAAAACCUAAGAACCUUGGAGUGAAGAAGUAUGGUGGAGAGAGGGUAAUUCCCGGAAACAUCAUUGUCAGACAACGUGGUACUCGUUUUCAUCCAGGAAACUAUGUUGGACUGGGGAAAGAUCACACUCUUUUUGCUUUGAAAGAGGGAACAGUAAAGUUUGAACGCAACAAACUGACUGGUCGCAAGUGGGUGCAUGUUGAGCCUAAAGAUGGUCAUGUCCUCCACCCUGUGUAUGCUGAUGCUUCUGCACCCGAACCACAAUUUGCUGUCUAA